CCACAGCAUCGUCCUAAAUUCGUUCGUUCUUUCGCUCGUUCUUUCGCUCGAUUGAAAUAAUUACUUUAAUUGUUGUCAGCUUUAAAUAAAGAAGCUACCAUAUCCUAUUGGUCAUUAUGGAAUAAAUGAUCGCAGGAUAUUUUCGCGCGAAAAUCACGUGCCCACUUGAUUACAUUGGGAGCGGGGUGAAAUUCAAUUUAAACCUGCGAUCAGUUAUUCCUUACUGCCCAAUAUCGUCCAUCUAGUUGAGUCAGGUAAUUAACUUAUGUUACGGUGUUGUCUUUUCUGUUUGUAAUUUAAUUGUCUUGCCUGUGCUAAUUAUGAAUGAUAUAUUUCGUAUUUAAAAGAUGACGCAGAUUUGAUAAAUUAGUUUUAGCUUUACUUUGAUUUAAUUAAUUUUCUUUCUGAUUAAGAAUGAGGAAAGAAAGAAAAAUGAGGUGAAGCCCGAUUAUCCGGGAGGUUUUGGCGAUGCUGGCGCUGGUCCAUAUGGAGAAGCGAAGAAUUCGGCUGCUGGCUUCUGGGGGAAGCAAGACAUAGACAGACAAGCUAAAGAGUAUGACGACGCUGACGACGACAUUGGAUUUUUAAAGAAAAAGCGCACUCGCUACGUGAAUGGAAGAAAGGUGGAAAUUCCAGCCUCUGAGCCAAUAAAUCAGCGCUUAUUGACCGUGGCGCAGAUGAACGAUCCGCACUACAAUUGGGAGAUCCCACAGAAAAAGACCCCCAGCGUCACAGCAGUAAAGGAAGAAGAAGAGGGUGAUGACAAGGAACGCCGAUUCUUGUCCUGAUCCUGUGGCCAACAUUGAUAAGAAGAAGGGUUGCAUGAUCACAAACCCACAAGGAUUGACCAAAUCGGAGCGAAAAGCUUAUCGAGACGAUGUGGUCAAGAAUAUUUCUCAGCAGAUGACGUCUGAGUGUGUUCUUCGUUGCGAGAAAAGAGGAGUUUCGACGGGUCGAUUUAUUAGAUCCCCGUCCGGUGAACUUCAUGAAGUAAAAGAGGAAGCCGAAGAAGAAGAGAGUGAAGAGGAAGAAGAGGAAAGGCCUGUAACACCCAUAACUCGCCGACCUGAUUGGCUAUAUAAUCCAAGAAGAACCUCCGCACCUUGAUAUGAAUUGCGCUUGGAUAUGCAAUCCUUGCCGGAUGAAGACGACGUUAAGUAAAUCUAAGUUGGAUCAAAAAAGCUAAAAUCGUUGACUAAUCUCUGCUUUAAAUGGAUUAUCCCAAAUCGACCAUAAAAUUCUUUCAUUGAGUUUUUUUUACUACUACUACUACAACUAUAAUACUCUAAACUAUAAUUCAGUAAAAGAUGUAAAAUUAUUUCCAGCUCAUGUCAAUUCAUGAAUCUACAAACAUACAUA